GGCUGCAGGGUCGGAGAGCCAGGCACUGGAACCCCCUCUGCAGGUCUAGGGGUCUGUCUCAGCCGGAUGCCCCAGCCAUGGGCAGAGCCCUGCUGCCACAGCAGGACACCGGGGAAAGGGAGCUCCUGCCUCAGGGCCCCCCCUGGAGAGCAGGGGGUCCUGCCACGCUGAGGGUCCUGAUCCUCGCCCUGCUCUGGAGGGGGUCCCUGUCCCAGCAGCCCAGAUUUACCCUGACGGUGCCGCAGUCGGUGUCAGUGCAGGAGGGUCUCUGCGUUCUCGUCCCCUGCACCUUCACGUACCCAGCCUCGUACGACACCGACAAUCCCUCGGCCCAGCUCUACGGACAGUGGUACAAGGGUCAGGCCAUUGUGGGCCAGCAUCUCCUUAUGGCCAGCAGUGACGCCAGCCGGAGGGUGUCACAGGAGACCCAGGGCCGGUUCUGGCUUGCAGGGGAUCUGCUAAGUGGUGACUGCUCCCUGCAAAUCAGUGACGCCCAGAGGACGGAUGUGGGGAGAUAUUCUCUUAGAAUCGAGAAAGGAAAAUUGAAAUACAGUUACCUCUCCAAUAACGAUCGCACUCACCCUAUGCCCAUGAUCUUUGUGACAGAGCUGAUGGAGGAGCCAGAGAUCCAGAUCUCGCUGGCACGGGGGCUGCCAGGGACGCUGCUGGCUGGGGAGCCGGUGACUGUGACCUGCACGGCCCCUGGGCGCUGCUCCGGGCCCCCUCCCCGAGUCACCUGGAUGGGGCCGUUCAGCGACACAGCCCGGGACGUCUCAGCCCCGCUGGCGAACGGCACCUGGUCCCACAGCUCCGCGCUCAGCUUCACGCCCGGCCCGGGGGACCACGGCAAAGAGCUCGUCUGCAGCGUCACCUACAGGCCACCACAGGGACCUUCCACCAGCAGAACCGUCCGGCUCCACAUCAUCUACCCGCCCGGGCCCCCCAACAUCACCGGGACCCUGACCAGGAAUGGACGCCCCGUGCUGGAAGUGUCAGGAGCUGAGGGCGACGUCGUGUCUCUGGAGACCUGGGAGGGCGACUCCCUGAGUCUGGGCUGUGAGGCUGUGAGCAAACCUGAGGCCACCCUGAGCUGGGCCAAGGGGAACGAGUCCCUGGCCGGGCGCCUGGAGCUGCCGAAUCUCAGCCCAGGGGACGCUGGGGAGUAUCGGUGCUGGGCCAAGAAUUCCUACGGGUCGGCCAGCCGGGCCCUGCGUGUGCACGUGCAGCCUCUAGAGAGGACUCUGCAAAUCACCGUCUCCAGAGCUAACAGGAGCAACUCCCAGCUAUUCCAAGAUCCCGGCACCGAGGUGGGGAACGGGUCACAGCUCACGGCCCGGGAGGGCGACUCCCUGCGGUUCCUCUGCUCCAUCACCAGCAGCCCCCCCGCGGUGCUGGGCUGGGUGAGGGGGGGCCGAGCCAUCGAGGGUACCCGCCCCACGGGGGAGAAUCAGCUGCGGCUGGAGCUGCCCAACGUGACGGCCGAGGCCGGGGGGCUAUACGGGUGCUGGGCCCGGAACAAAGAGAGCUCUGCCCAGGGGACGUUCCAGCUGCUCGUUGAGUACAGCCCCCGGUCGGGGACCGGGCUGAACUCAUCCUGCCAGCUCCAGGGGCUCAGCAUAAGCUGCAGGUGCUCCCUGCGCUCUAACCCCCCACCCCAGCUCCAGUGGCAGGUGGACGGGGUGUCCCUGGCUGGGAACGGCUCACAGGGGACCCUGCAAGUCAGCUCAUGGGCCCAGGGAGAUGAGGCCGUCAGCACCCUGAGCUGGACGGGGAGCUGGGACGGGGGCCACCAGAUCUUCUGCCUCGGUUCCAACCUCCACGGGUUCCAUAUUCUACUGCUCAGCCCACCGGGAACAGGUGGCCUCACUUGGGCAUUUAUCAAAAUCAGCUGCAAACUCGGCUUCGUGGUGACUGGAUUCUUCCUGGCCUAUUACCUCACCCUGCUCUAUUACAGAUGGACACCCUGCUGCUCUCGUGGAAGCAGAAGGAAGGACAGGCCAGGGGCCAGGGAAUCCACGGUGCCCAAGUCCGGCGUGUAGAUCAGGCCGUUCCUCAGCCAUUGAAGAGCCAACAAGGAACUGGAAUCUCACAGGACUGAGGAAAUGGAGAAUGAGACCUCAGCUGGGGGCACUGCUGCCCCGGGUGAGGCCAAUGGGCCUGUUUAGCCCAGUACCUGGCCCCCUUCCAACCCCUCCAGCUCAGACCCAUGGGCCUGGGCAGCACGUGGGCUGCCUGUAAUAUUGAUAUGACCAGCAGAUGAUCUGUUUGUUGCCCUGAUGGUUAUGACCAGGGCCGGCCGUAGGGAAAAUGGCACCCUGAGCGAACUUGUAUUAUGGUGCCGCCCCAUCACUCCUGGCCCCCAUGGGCCCCCUGGGUUCC